GGCGCGGGCGGCGGCGACAUCCGGCACUGCCACCCCGGGGACAGCGGGACCGGCGCCGCAGGAUGGCGAACCGGGGCCCGUCGUACGGGCUGAGCCGGGAGGUGCAGCAGAAGAUCGAGCGCCAGUACGACCCCGAGCUGGAGCAGCUGCUCGUGCGCUGGGUCCUCGCCCAGUGCGGCGGCGACGGCGGCCCCGCCCCGGCCCCGCCCGAGCCCGGUAGGGACGGCUUCCAGCAGUGGCUCAAGGAUGGCACCGUUCUGUGCCGGCUCAUCAACAGCCUCCACCCUCGGGAUCGGCCCCCGGUGCCCAAAAUCCAGGGAUCCUCCAUGGCCUUCAAACAGAUGGAGCAGAUCUCCCAAUUCCUGCAGGCGGCCGAGCGCUACGGGAUCGCCCCCACCGACAUCUUCCAGACCGUGGAUCUCUGGGAAGGGAAGAACCUGGCGUGUGUGCAGCGCACACUGAUGAACCUGGGCAGCCUGGCAGCCGCCAAGGGCGACGGGCUCUUCCGAGGAGACCCCAACUGGUUCCCCAAGAAGUCGCAGGAGAACCGCCGGGUGUUCUCGGAGGACAAGCUGAAGGAGGGGCAGAGCGUCAUCGGGCUGCAGAUGGGCACCAACCGCGGCGCGUCCCAGGCGGGCAUGACGGGCUACGGGAUGCCCCGACAGAUCCUCUGAGCCCCCCCUCCCAGAGCCAGGACCACCCCCAGCCCCCC